CGCGCGCGCGCGGCGCUCAGUGCCGGUGGACGCGUCGGAGCGAGCGCACGUGUUAGUGCGAGCGGUAAUCGUGCGAUAAUCAGCCAGUGCUGUGCCGAAUCGAGUGUUGUGUGCUAGUGAUCGUGCACCAUGAGGCCGAAAGAGGAGGAGGUGAAGGUCCAGACGGGGACCUUCAUCCUGUCAGAGAAGAUCGACGACACCAAGUCCAAGAGGAGCGAGAAGGACAUCAAGAAGGAGAUGAAGAGGCUCGAGAAGGAGAAGCAGGAGCGCGAGAAGCGGGAGAGGAAGGCGAGAGAGAAGGAGAAAGAGAGAGAGAAACAAUCUAAGAGAGGCAAGGUGGUGUGCGGCGCGUGCGGCGGUAAGUGCAGCGGGGAGGUGCUGCGCGUGUCCGAGAAGUACUUCCACACCGCCUGCUUCACCUGCCGCGCCUGCUCCGCCUCGCUCGCCAAGGGCGGCUUCUUCGCCAAGGACGGACACUACUACUGCCCUCAGGAUUACCAACGCGCAUUCGGUACGCGGUGCGCGGCCUGCAACCAAUACGUGGAAGGCGAGGUGGUGUCGGCGCUCGGCAACACCUACCACCAGCGCUGCUUCACCUGCGCCAGAUGCAGACGCGCGUUCCCCUCCGGCGAGAAGGUGACGUACACGGGCAGCGAGGUGGUGUGCGCGGCGUGCAGCGGCCCGCAGCGCACAACCGCGCGCGCCGCACGCUCGCCCGCCUCCCCCGCCUCGCCGCCCCACCCCGCGCCCCCCGCACACGCCCCCACCGACAACGGCACCACCCAGCCCGAUCCUAAUGAGUGUGCGGGCUGCGGCCAGGAGCUGUCGGAGGGGCAGGCGCUGGUGGCGCUGCAGCGGCAGUGGCACCCGCAGUGCUUCGCGUGCGGCGAGUGCGGGUGCGUGCUGCGCGGCGAGUACAUGGGGCGGGCGGACGUGCCGUACUGCGAGCGCGACUACCAGCGCCUGUACGGCGUGCGCUGCGCCUACUGCCAGCGGUACAUCUCCGGCAAGGUGCUGCAGGCUGGCGACAACCACCACUUCCACCCGACGUGCGCGCGCUGCAGCAAGUGCGGAGACCCCUUCGGCGACGGCGAGGAGAUGUUCCUGCAGGGCGCCGCCAUCUGGCACCCCCGCUGCGGCCCCGCCCCCCACGACACCCUCGACCGCGCCUCCUCCGAGCUACAGUUCUCCCUGCGCUCGCGCACGCCCAGCGUCAACGGCUCCUACUGCAGCCCCUACAGUAGCCUCAACAGGAAGUACGGUUACCGCUGCACGUCGCCGGGCCUGGUGCUGCGCGAGUACGGGCGCGACACGUCGCCGCACCGCAUCACCACGUACAGCUACCUCGCCGGCGAGCCCGCCCCCCUGCGCCGCCCCCUGCAGCCUGCCGACCGCCCCCCCGCCUCGCCGCACUUCCACCGCCCGCCCUCGGCGGGCAGCACGCGGUGCAGCUCGCGCGCGGGCAGCAAGGCGUCGUCGCGGCCCGGCAUGUGCGUGCUCGUCGACUCCAUACGCACCGAGACGCCCCGACCCAAGUCGCCGCACAUGAACAACGAGGAGCCGAUCGAAUUGUCUCACUACCCGUCGGCGUACAAGCCGCCGCCCGGCACCAAAUCCAAGAUCGAGUGUGACGACUUCCCCGCGCCGCCCUACCCCUACACCGACCCCGAGCGGCGGCGGCGCUGGUCAGACAGCUACCGCGGCGUUGAAAGCGACGACGAACCCGCGACCAACGGCGACGCCGGCAACAUCGCCCGUCUGCGCCGCGAGCAGGACGAGCUCGCCAAGAUCGACAGCGGCAUCGCGCAGGUGUUCCUAAAAGAAGUGAAGGAGCGUGAGAAACUGCAGCAGUGGAAAAAACAGAACCUCGACCCGAGAAAUGCGAGCAGAACGCCGAGUGCGGCGCGCGAGGCGGGCGCGCGGCUCCGCUACUCGUCACCGGUGGGCGCGUCCCCGUCGCGCUCGCUCGAGCGGGCCACACACUACCACGCCCCCCAGCAUCUACCGCCGCCCUACAACGUGGUGUCGUCGUUGCGGUCGGCGCCGCGGCCGGGGUACGGGCUAGCGGCACGCUCGCACACAUUCAGCUCUAGCACUGCGGGUGACUUCACAUUCAGCGGUCUCGGCGACAAGACUCACAGCACCGACUUCAGCAGCGGCAAGUCAGACAUAUCUGCCGGCUCCAUUACCGAUGUGGAUAGGAGUGCUGUGACGACGGACGGUGCCGGGUUGGCGCGCGCGACGUACACGGGCGCGGCGUCGGCGCUGGGCGGGGCGCGCGCGGGGGGUGCGGGGGGCGGGGUGCGGCGCUCGCUGCCCAACAUGCUGACGUCGCGGCUGCUGCACGAGCCCGCCAAGCUGUACCCCUACCACCUGCUGCUCAUCUCCAACUACCGCCUGCCGCCCGACGCCGACCGCCUCAACCUGGAGCGCCACCUGUCCGACGCGGAGUUCGAGGCGGUGCUGCAGCUGCCCCGGGCCGAGUUCUACCGCCUGCCGCAGUGGCGCCGCAACGAGCUCAAGCGCCGCGCCCGACUCUUCUAAGCGCGCCCGACCAGUAUAGCGAGAGCAGAUAUUAUAUGUAAAGCAUAAUAUUACCAGCCGGUCGUAGUCUGCGGCGCGGGUUUUUAUAUAACUGCCCUCUACAUAUUUAACUUUGGUGAAAACAAACUUAAUCGUUGUAUAAGGUCGUUAUUUUGACGUUUGAACUUUUUAAAAUACGAUUUAGAAAGUUGUAAUUUCAAUAUUUCGAGGUUUAUACUUUUUAAAUUGACAUUUAAAAAGUUCCAACGUCAAAAUUGUGACCGUAAGCGAAUGAAUUUCACGUUCAUCAAAGUUACGUUAUCAGGGGGCGGGUUCUCGCGCCGCGCGCGGCCGGCGGACCAGCUCGAGUGGCGGCAUAUUUUUUAUUUUUGUAAGCGACGGGCGGGCGCGGCGCGUCGUGUGUGCGCCGCACCGCGCGCCGGCACGUCACCGCGGUGACGUCACGAUGUGCUGUGACGACACCGCGACGACGUCGCGCGCCGAGUGCGUUCCUAGCUGCGAGUGUUUGGCGCGCGCGGACGGUCGGCGACAAACACGAUGUAAUCUACUCUAAUACUCGUGUAGCAGAGUCGAGGUUGCAUCGUGUCGGUCGGCGGCGCCGCGCGCGCGCGUAUGUGCCUGUGUGAGCGGCGAGUGUGUGGAGCUGCGUCGAUUGUUUUUAAUUUUAUUUUAAUCAAAUAUUAUUUUGGUUGCGAGUAGAGUUAAGUAUACAUAGUUUUAUAUAGGGCGGGCGCGGCCGGGCUCGGAGUCCCGCUGUACUGUCGGAGUGCCGAGUGCGAGAUGAUACUCGUCUGGAGGAAGUUUACUGUUAUAUUAUAACAGCGCCCCUAGCGGCAACGAGUGGUGACCGACAUGAUGCUACAAAACAAUAUUUAUUGAACUUUCUCAAGUGACAAGCCCGCACUCGAUGCUCGUGUCGUGCUCGGCCGCGGCCGCCGCCGCUGGAGACUGCUGUAUAUAUUUAUAUAUGAGACUGACUCGACGCUGCGGUCGGAGCGCGCGAGUUUCUACCGACGAUAUUGUAGCGAGUAAACUCGACGUUCCCUUUGCCGACAGAUGGCGCUGCGCAUUUAGGCCGCAUUUGCCGGUACACUGUACCGCGGACGGUAGAGACUCCCGCGGACGCGGCGAGGGGCCCCGCAGAGUGCUUACUCCCGUGCUUUAUUUAUUCCCGACCUCGGCGCGAACGCACUAUAUAUUAAUGUUAUCGGAUGAUAUUUCGCGUUACUAGAGGCGUGCGUUCGCCGGAGGUCGCCGAGUGGUGCAAUACGACAGUCCCGGUGCUGGUGGGUCCCUCGCCCGCCUCCGCCGGCCGCGCGCGGGUCGCGGGCGUGAGCGUGUGAGGUCGAGAGUGAGGACUAUGCUUAAAGUAAUAUAAUUGCAAUUCUAACUG